AUGAUUUUGGCUCCGGCUGGGAUCGUUGGAUCAAUCCUCCUAGUAUUGAAUGCACAACUCGGCCUGACUAAAGUCGUUUUCUCGCCGAGCAGCUAUGACUGGUCGGACUACAAGUAUAAACAUGCCUUGUCAUCGACAAUGCAACUCCCUGAGGGCACUCCGGUAGGUAUCCCGACGGUACAAUUUGCCUUUCCAGCAGAGUCGGCACAGGAGUCAGCAACUCGGAAGACACGUCAGAAGGCUGUACUGGACACGUUCACAAAAGGUUGGGCCAGCUAUUGGGGGUAUGCCUGGAAGCGUGAUGAGUUAGCGCCUCUCUCGGGGACGGGCAAGGACACUUUCGGAGGAUGGGCUGCCACACUGGUCGACGCGCUCGACACGCUAUGGAUCAUGGGACUGAAGGACGAAUUCUACGAAGCUGCAGGCGAAGCAGCAAAAAUUGACUGGGCAGUCACCGAGGACACGUCGGUCAACAUGUUCGAGACCAACAUUCGGCAUCUGGGCGGUCUUCUGGCAGCAUACGAUCUCAGCCGCGAGCCUGCGUUGCUGUCAAAAGCGAUUGAAUUGGGAGACAUACUGUGGGCUGGCUUCGACACGCCAACUCAUCUCCCACCUUUCAUGUUCGACUUCAAGCAGGCUAAGAAUGGCAAGCUGGUCCUGGAGGACAACCAAAGUUCGGCGGCUAUCGGCUCUUUCGCUCUGGAAUUCACUCGUCUUGCCCAAGUUUCAGGAGACUCCAAGUACUACGACGCAAUUGCGCGCGUUACGUCGUUGUUCGUCAGCAAUCAGUUGAAGACGAACUUGCCUGGCAUGUGGCCAAUGUUUAUCAAUGCUCGAAAGGGCACCUUUGAGCAGACUGCUUUCACUCUUGGUGCGGUAGCAGACUCUUUCUACGAGUACCUACCCAAGAUGCACUACUUGUUAGGCGGCCAGGAACCUGCUUACGAGGAAGCAUACAGAGACGCCAUGGAGACCGCAAUCAAAAGUCUACUAUUCAGACCGAUGCUACCAGACAAGGACGACAUCUUGGUCGCAGGCUCAGCAGCCGUUGCUGGGGGCAAAGCUACACUCAACGCCAAAAAUGAGCAUCUGGGCUGCUUCGCGGGAGGAAUGUUUCUGCUGAGUGGCAAGCUUUUUGACAUAUCCGAGCACGUCGACAUCGGCACGAAGUUAACGAAUGGCUGCAUCUACAGCUACGAUGCCUUUCCGACUGGAAUUAUGCCAGAGAUCUCCCAGAUGCAUCCAUGUCCUUCCUUUGAGGAGUGCGAGUACGAUGCAAGCAAGUUCACCGACACUACCUUGCCCAAAGGCUUUACAGCCGUUGGUGACCCAAAGUACAUCCUGCGACCAGAGGCGAUAGAGUCUGUCUUCUACCUGUAUCGAAUCACAGGCGACUCAAAGCUGCAGGAUGUUGCGAGUGUACUGGUUGAAGGCAAGCCCGCGCAGGAAGAUUCAAUGGAAAGCUUCUGGUUCGCAGAGACAUUGAAGUACUUCUACCUCAUCUUCUCGCCGCCGGACACCAUCAGCCUCGACGACUGGGUAUUCAAUACGGAAGCACAUCCUUUCAGGCGGCCGAAGUGA